AAUUAGUCUUGAACGGUAGGUGGCAGUAUGCACCUUGUAUUUUUUGCGUUCCGCUGGUAAACCGAGAGUAGAAGAAGAACAACAACAUGGAGGACGUCGUCGCUGUAGAAAAGAGCCCGGAAGACAUGCCGGCAAUACUGACCUCCAGACCCCAGACGGGUCUGUCCUUCCUGGCACCUGAACCAGAAGAUCUUGAGGACCUUUACAGCAGAUACAAGAAGCUGCAGCAGGAGCUGGAGUUCCUGGAGGUGCAGGAGGAGUACAUCAAAGAUGAACAGAAGAACCUGAAGAAAGAGUUUCUCCAUGCUCAGGAGGAGGUGAAGAGGAUACAGAGCAUUCCACUUGUCAUUGGCCAGUUCCUGGAAGCUGUUGACCAGAAUACAGCCAUUGUUGGCUCCACUACAGGGUCCAACUACUAUGUGCGCAUCCUGAGCACCAUCGACAGAGAGCUGCUGAAGCCCAACGCCUCAGUGGCCUUGCACAAGCACAGCAACGCGCUGGUGGAUGUGCUCCCUCCUGAAGCUGACAGCAGUAUCAUGAUGCUGACAUCAGACCAAAAGCCAGACGUCAUGUAUGCUGACAUUGGUGGUAUGGACAUCCAGAAGCAGGAAGUCCGAGAAGCUGUAGAGCUGCCACUCACACACUUUGAGCUCUACAAACAGAUUGGCAUUGACCCACCCAGGGGUGUCCUUAUGUACGGACCUCCGGGUUGUGGUAAGACCAUGUUGGCCAAGGCUGUGGCACACCACACCACAGCGGCGUUCAUCCGUGUGGUUGGCUCUGAGUUUGUGCAGAAGUAUUUGGGUGAAGGCCCUCGUAUGGUACGUGAUGUCUUCCGGCUGGCGAAGGAAAAUGCUCCAGCCAUCAUCUUCAUUGAUGAGAUUGACGCCAUCGCCACAAAGCGUUUUGAUGCACAGACUGGAGCUGAUAGGGAGGUGCAGAGAAUCCUACUUGAGCUUCUUAAUCAAAUGGACGGUUUUGACCAGAACGUCAAUGUCAAGGUGAUCAUGGCCACCAACAGAGCAGACACACUGGACCCGGCCCUGCUACGUCCUGGUCGCCUGGACAGAAAGAUUGAGUUCCCCCUGCCCGACCGCAGGCAGAAACGUCUCGUUUUCUCCACCAUCACCAGUAAAAUGAACCUCUCUGAGGAGGUCGACUUGGAGGACUAUGUGGCCAGGCCAGACAAGAUCUCUGGAGCCGAUAUCAACUCCAUCUGCCAGGAGGCUGGCAUGUUGGCAGUGCGUGAGAACAGGUAUAUCGUCCUGGCCAAAGACUUCGAAAAAGCUUACAAGACCGUCAUCAAAAAGGACGAGCAGGAGCACGAGUUCUACAAGUAGAGAGGAAAAAAUACAUCCCGGAAAAACAAAAGGUGUCGAGACACACAAGUUUAUUGAUUUACGUCUGUAUCUACAGUGUGUCUUUUGUGGAUUUGCGGUCCCUGACUUGCAUUGAUUUUUGGACUAAAUUUACUCACUGCGGCACAAGGCCUAAUGUCAGAUUAGCCCUGUGUCUGUGACACACUACCAUAUGAAAGAGUGUUUUUUGUGCAGGCACUCUGCUGGUUCUUAAAAAUAUCUGGCCCUGACUGUAGCUAGGAGAGAACAUUUGUAUCUAUAUGUACUCACUCAACAAGACGUUACAUAAAAAAAUCCAUUAAAAAUGUUUUCCAUAAAAAACAAAA